AAGAAUUUUCGUGCCAUCAUUCGACCAUGCUGAGUCGCUUGGCGACCUCCCACUCGCGGCGCGCAGACUCCGCCGAAACAUCUGGGGAGGUGGGCGGCUGGACGGUCGUCAUCGCUGACGGGCACGCGGUGCUGCCCAACGGCAUGAAACACCUGCCGGACAAGGGUCAAGGCGUUCAGCAAUGUACUGCGCUCGUCUCUGUCGCCUGUCCACGCAGCCUCAUUUCCAUUGGUGACAAUGCUUUUGGUGGCUGCACCUCGCUAACCUCCAUCGCCCUCCCCACCGGCCUCACGCGUAUCGGCGAUUUUGCCUUCGGCAAGUGCUCCCUAACCUGCAUCGGCUUCCCUGCCCACCUCGCCUUCAUUGGCAACGGCGCCUUCUUCCGCUGCCGCGCCCUCACCUCAGUGACCCUCCCCGCCGGCCUCACCUCCAUUGGCGCGCGCGCCUUUUACGGCUGCUCCUCUCUCACCGCCGUCAAACUCCCCGCUGGAAUCGCCUCCAUUGGCGUGGCAGCAUUCUACCGCUCCUCCCUGCCCCGCGUCAUCGUGCCAACCACCGCCGAGAUCGCCGACGACGCCUUUCCCUCCUCCGUCACCACACCGUCCUCCGUCGCACGCCCGCAAAGAUGCGCUGGUACGAGGCGGUGAGUGCGGCUCUCGCCUACAAGCGCUGCCGCCCCGGCCUGAUCCUGUGGCUGGAGCGGGCCAACAUCAGGCUCUCGGCUCUUACGGCCAGGACGGCGCGGCGCGCAAGCGCGACCGCGAGGAGUUCGAAGGCGACUUUGGGCAGCCGUGCGCAUCUCCAGUGCUUGACACGAAAGGCAGCCGCGCCGCUCCAGGCAAGACGUGUAUUGCCCGCGGCGCGCGAGACCGUGCUGAGCCCUGGUCUGACAGUAGUCGGCCGACAACAG